CAUCCUUAAGUGCUUUGGUUUGUUCAUCCUUAAAGUCAAAGUCAGGAUCCUGUGCUCACUAUGGAUACAUCUGACUGGAGAGCUCAACUUCCACCUGAUUCACGCCCGAAAAUUGUCGAUAAAAUGUAAUUCAGAUCCAAUGGAUUCCAAUAAUCAGGAUUCUCAACCCACUCUUGACACUAUUGUUUGGAGACCUAAAGUGCAUCCUGAAUCCCGCAAAAAAGUUGUCAAUAAAAUAACGGACACAUUACAAAAAUUUCUUCCCGUUUCUGGGAAUGAGGGAUUGCAUGAACUUCAGACGAUUGCUCAAAAGUUUGAAGAUAAGAUUUAUACUGUUUCCAGAAGCCCGUCUGAAUAUCUCCGAAAGAUUGCGAUGAAAUUGCUUACAAUGGAGGCCAAACAUCGAGACACCGUUGCCAACAAUAUGACAUCAAAUGAAGGAGGUCCUAGCAAUAAUCCGCCUGAACAAGCUUCCGUAGAUUCUACAACACAGACUGCACAACCAAGCGGCGGUGUAGAUUCUAUAACACAGACUGCACAACCAAGCGGCAGUGUAGAUUCUAUAACACAGAAUGCACAACCAUACGGGGGUGAUUGGCAAGAAGAACCGUACCAAAAGUUGCAAACCAUGAAAGAAAAUUACUUGCCAGAUCUGAAAGAAAUGCUCCAGGAAAUUACUAUGAGACUUCAGAAGUGUGGCUCUACUCCUCAACAGCCAAAGUCAGAUCAGAUAGAAAAGUUGAAGGUAUAUAGAAUGAUGUUGGAACGGAUUAUAUUUUUCCUACAGCUUCCUAAGAACAGCAUUACGCUUAGUUUGAAGGAAAAAUUGGGAUCAUAUGAAAAGCAGAUUGUGAAAUUCAUAAAUUCAUUAAGGACUAGGGAAGGCAUCUCGUCCUUGCAACCAGGACAGCUUCCCCCAACUCAUAUAUCUUCGAUGCCACAGUCACAAGCUCAAGUUACUUCACUACCGUCUCUUGAAAAGCAAAUGAUCUCUCAAAUGCAGCCAUCAAACAUACAAGGUUCUGCAGUGACUCUACAGCAGAACAAUGCUGCGAGCUUGCCGCACAAUUCUAUGUCUGGUUUAUCAUCAACACAACAAAAUAUGUUGAAUACAAUUCAACCAAGUAAUAAUGUAGACGCCGGGCUAGGAAAUUCUGUAAGCUCUCUGCAACAGAAUCCCGUGAGCUCCCUUCAACAAAAAUUGCAACACUCAUCUCCCCAAGUUGACCAACAAACUCAUCAACAGUCUCUAGCAAAAGUUGCACCACAUUUGCAGUCUUCUAACUCGCAUUUUGUGCUAGUAGAUUCUCAGAAGCCUGUUCCUGGUUUUUCAUCAUCAAGUGCGGCAGCAGCGACUCAAUCCCUUUCCAUCGGGACUCAUGGGAUAUCAGCCCUUCCUUUAUUGGCCGAAUUCAGUGGUCUAGAUGGUUCAUAUUUUAAUGCUUUUGCAGCUACUUCUGGAAAAGAUUUUGGGAAAGAAUUUGGAAAAGAACUUUUGAAAGAGAUAAGUUCAAAAAAGAUUGAGAAGUUGAAGAAGCAGAUUGAGAGUGUCACCAUGAAGAUGAAGUUACUCAUCCUAGUUCUUUUUUCUUUUUGGGUUUCUUUUCUUCUAUUUUAUAAGUGUAUGUAACAAAUGGAGGGAAACCAUGAAAUAUAAUUUCAAACUGCAAUGCAAUUUGAUGUUCAUUUUAUGUUCAAUGAAAGAAAGACCUAUGAUUGUAUCAAUAAACAUGACAUGUGAAAUUUUCUAUUAUUAUCAAGCGUUAUAUC